AUGAAUUCUCGCGAGCAGCCUGAUUUGCCUCCGACGCCUUCCUACGCCUCGCCUAAUCCGGCGCAAGUCGGUCAAGGCGCCAUGUACUACGGCGGCCGCCAGCUCACUGCGGAUGAGAUCCUCACUGCAGAGCUGUCGCGCGAUGCUACUGGAGGGAACCUGGCAGAUGGACCGAAUACUGAUCAGCAACAUAACAACGCAUUCGGUUUCCCCCCAAACCAACAGGUCGGUGUCGAUCCAAACCACGAUCUGAGCUAUGGCGACCAGAGUGCUCGACGUAAGCGAUCGAAGGUGUCGCGCGCCUGUGACGAAUGUAGGCGGAAGAAGGUGCGCUGCGAUGCUACCUCAGAGUCUGGUGUCGAGACAUGUUCCAAUUGUCGUCGUCUCGGCGUCGCCUGUCAAUUCAGCCGUGUACCGAUGAAGAGAGGACCCAGCAAAGGCUAUAUUAAGGAGCUGGCAGAGCGUUUGAACACGUUGGAAUCUCAGAUGCAGCCAGGAUUGCCGCACCAGGAUAUGCAGUACCAGGGCAUAAAUGAGGUCUCGUCUCCCCGCGCAUACCAUGAGUUCUCCCCUCCAAUGGACGGGAGCCUUCUUGGUCGGAAGCGCACCUUCUCUAUGAGCGAAGGUAUUCAUGGUCUUCCCUUGGGGCAGACGAGUCUGACCUCUCGCGGUCAAGGAGCUACUGUUGGAGAAACAGCUGCAACCCUGCCUGAUAGCUAUCCCCUGUUCAAUAUCAACAUUGUGCAGAACAAGAUGACAGCGCCAUACUGGAAUGAAGAUGGACGAGAGCACGACCUGACAAACCCCUUGUCUGUUGACUCAGUCGUGGGGAUUCUGUCUCAGUCUGCAAAUGAGGCAACGAUAUCGUAUCCAGUUGACGAAGGGGCCUUGAAAACAUACUACGACAAAAUCCAUCCCAUUCUGCCCAUUCUGCCACACUCAAAGGAAAAGUCUCUGGCAAUUCUUCAUCAAUGCAACCGACAUCUGCAAGAGGUGUUUGCAUAUGCUCUAUAUUCCGUUACCCACACUAAUAUCGAGCGUGUCCAAGCUACAUUUCACAAUGUAGAAUCAGUGAACAGUGCUAUCGACCUACUUUCAACACAUCUUCGGGAUCCUCAUAACCUCCGAACUUUACCAGUCAACUUAAUCUGGAUCCAGACUUUGUGCUUCCUGGUCAUUGACUGUGAUAAGCGCGGUCCCGACAAUAUGCAUGGCAAGGACGGUGUUCCAAAGCAGACACUUGUCGAUCAUCUCGCCAUCUUGGCCUAUAAAGUAGCCAAGCAAUUUGAGCAAAACCGAGACCCAUUCCCUGACCUCCAAGAUGUCGAUUCGGACGCAAACCUUGCUCGUCGUGAAUGGUUUGCUGCAAGCAUUCUAUGUCGGUGGCACCAAGUAGGGAUUGGGGAACGAGAUAUCAUGGAAGAUGAUCUUCAGGACAUCCAUCUGCCUUCGGACCCUAAGUUCAUGGGUUUCGCAGCUUCUCAACUCGCUGCCUACUCGAGCGAGCUCGCUGCCGCUUUGCGCGUAGUCGAGACGGACCCCGAGGUGUUGUCCGUUAAUCCCAGGUCUAAGAAGAUAUCUCGUUCUCUUCUCUUCCACAUGCUCCGAUCUGUCCUCAAUAUCGAGCAACGUCUCGGCACGGUCGAUCGCCUAAACACACCACCUGGAUACUUCGAAGCCCUCGGACCACAAGUUUACUGGACUAUCAACCUCUACAUCACCCGCCCCCUCUACGUCUUCGCGCCUUACGAAGUCAUCCACUCCGCCGAAGCCCUCGUCAAGGAAAUGCACAAGGACAUCCUCCCCACAACCCGACUUCCCUCGCCCCUCGACAUCUACUCCCUCGCUCUAGCCACGUUAACCCUCCUAGAAGCAUCCAAACUACCCCUCUGCGCUGAAUUCUGCUGGGAAAUCCUCAAUAACGUUGAGCAAAUCCUCGACCGCCGAGCCCAAACCACCGCUCUCGCCGGCGAAUUCGACGAUCUAUUCUCCACCCCGCAUUGGGACCGGCAACUACGCAGCUGGAUCGAGGCUGAAAAGCCGACUCCUCAUAAUCAGCCAUCAGACUCCAUCACCCAAAACCAAAACAACACAACCACCAACGGCACAUCCGCCGGCGCCAACCCCACCACUUCUUCCGCGCCACUUGUCGGGCCCAACGAGCAACGAUCUCUACAACACCUCGCCGACCUGGCCGUCGGCGCCGAGGGCGUGGCUGCAGGUAGCGACGGUGCCGGCGGCGGUGCAGUCAACAUCAGCCUUGACGGCGGCGCAGCAGCCGAUGGUACGUCCGGUGGCGGAAUCAACAACGUAAACAACACCGUCGAUUUCAGCCUUGCCUUGCGCAGGGGAUUUAUGAAUGUAUUGAGUGUCGCGCCAAUCCCGCGGCAUUAG